GCUUAUCAUGUUUGGCUGCUAAGUUCCUCCGGUGUGGAGGCCGAUCAUUAUGGGGGAUCCAGGACCCCGAGACGGGAUGGACCCUGACCGACCGACGGCUGCGAAGAAUUCACUGAGGCGGUUCAUACCGGGAUAAAAAUAUUUUGUUGUGAGCAAUCAUAAACAAGCAGUCAGUGAGCUGCAGAGGAGGCGGUGUUUGCUGGGAUUCAAUCAGAGCCACUGUUGCGGCUGGUAGGUUAACGAGGAGAGGGGGACGUGAGGAAAUUGGGAAGGCAGCACUUUUUAAACACCACGGGAUCCGAAGAGCGACGAUAAUGGAUGAAUUGUUGAUUAGAAGCCGGCCCGGUCAGCCCAACACAGUCGGAGCAGGGUGGGUUUAUCCGGUGUGAGAUCAGUCGGCUGUAAUCUGUUGGCCUCUCCUCCGCCGGGCGGCGAUGUCCGCGUUCUGCCUAGACCUGCAGACGUCUGCCGUGGUUUCAGCACCACUGGAGCUGGACAGCGACUGCAUGGAGUCCCGGGGUAGCCCCACCGCUCAGGAGCCCGGCGGCUUUCAGGGUCAUCCGCUGCGGCACGCCGGUUCCGGAGGCCUCGGGAUGGCCUUGGAGGAGGAACUGGCCAUGCUUACCGGGGAGCGGGGAGGUGAGGAGCAGCUGUCAGACCCAGACACGCCUGCGGUGGGGCAUAACGCAGACUUGCUGUCGCUCUUUCGCCAAAAGGAAAAAGACUUGGUUUUAGCUGCUAAACUCGGCAAAGCGUUGCUGGAGAGAAACCAAGACUUGACCAAGCAAUAUGAGAAAAUGCACAAAGAUCUCAACGAGAAAUUGGAGCACCUGGAGCAAGAGAAGCAUGAGCUGCGACGGCGUCUGGAAAGCCGGGAGGGGGAAUGGGAAGGCCGGGUGGCCGAGCUGGAGACGGAUGUCCAGCAGCUGCAGGGCGAGCUGGAGCGACAGCAAGUCCAGCUGAAAGAAGCUGACAGGGACAAGACCAAGGCCAUCAGCGAGCUCUCAGAACAGAACCACAGACUGCUGGAGCAACUCAGUAGGGCUGCAGAGGUGGAGAGGCAGCUGUCCACUCAGGUCCAUUCAUUACGGGAUGACUUCAGGGAGAAGAGUGUGUCCACACGCCAGCACAUGACACGACUAGAGACUCUACAGGCUGAGCAAGGGCUAGAAAUUAAGAUGCUGUCAGAACGGAAGAUGGAGUCGGAGCACCGAGUGCACGCCAUGCUCGAGGAGAACGAGUUGCUGCAGAAUACUGUGGAUGAGCUCCGGGAGAGGACGCUGGUGCUGGAGAAGCAGUGUCACGAGAAGGACCUCCAGUUGCGGCAGAGCCAGCUGGAGCUGCUGGAGGUUCAGGUGUCCCACAGGCAGCUGGCCGCUAGGUUGGAGGAGCUGACGGAGGAGCACAGCCUCCAAACUCUUACCCCCCAUCCUUCCAGCCUGCUGUGUGAGAUAGAGCAAAGUAUGGAGCAGGAGGAGCAGGAGCAGGAGAGGGAGCAGCUACGUCUUCAGCUAUGGGAGGCCUACUGUGAAGUUCGCUCACUUUGCUCUCAUCUGCGGGGAAACGAUGUCACGGAUUCAGCGCUGUCCACUGACUCCUCCAUGGACGAGUCCUCUGAGACUUCCUCAGCCAAGGAUGUGCCUACUGGGAGCCUCCACACCAGCUUGCUAGAGCUACGGAGGCUCACUCAGAAUCUGCUGGAUGGCAAUGAGUCUACGGGCUCACGGCGUAGUGAUGAGGAGGCUCUGGAGGAGCAGGUGAGGAAACUGGGAGAAGAGUUGCGGGAAGUCAGAGAGCUGUAUGAGACGGAGCAGGACAAAACACGCGGCAAUGAAGAGGAGCUGCUGCAGCUGCACAACCAGGUGGCGCUGCUCUCUGUAGAGAUGCGCUCUCUCCGAGAAGAGAACGAGCGAAUGAGGACAAUGGCUGAUGUUCGAGAACCCAGCGAGCAGCUCCAGAGUGCGAUCAGAGACCGAGACGAUGCCAUAGCUAAGAAGAAAGCGGUAGAAAUGGAGCUGGCCAAAUGUAAAAUAGACAUCAUGUCUCUGAACAGCCAGCUGUUGGACGCCAUCCAGCAGAAGCUCAAUUUGUCGCAGCAGCUGGAGGCUUGGCAGGAUGAUAUGCACAGAGUGAUUGACCAGCAGCUGAUGGACAAGCACCAGGACGAGUGGCGCGCAGCCCCUACAUCUCUGUCGGGGUCGUCCGUAACCCACAGGGGUCAGUCCUCAAGAAGAGCUCAGCGUAUCUCCGACCGGGACAAGAGACUUUUCUCUUUUUUCAAAAAGAACUGAACCCUAUCAUGCUGGCCCUGAGCACAGUCGACAGACGCAGACGGACGAGGUGCAGGACAAGGAGGGUAGUGACAUCACAAUACAGGGGGUAAAAACACAGCCAAAGACAGGCAGUGGCACAUGCACACUGAGGUUUUUUUUAUUUUAUUUGGGGGGUGGGGGUGGGGGGUGUCAUUUUGCACUUUAUCUGUCCCAUUAUUAUUCCCCUAGUGAUUAAUUGGUGACUGCUGACAGUGAGUGAAAUGUUGAGAACUUCCCCAGAGGCUUUGGCUUAAGGCCCCUCAAAUAGAAAGCUAUUGAUCUUACAGAGCAUGAACAGGGUCAUGAAAUGUACCUCCAGAAGGGGAGGUUUCCUUGUAGUGCCUAAAACUAUCUCUACUACCCCACUGCCAACUCUGUAGAGAAAGAAGACUAUUUAUGAACUCUUACUGUAUGCAUCCCAGUUAGCAGGCCAAGGAGUCUGGGGAAAGACGGGCAGAUUCGUGGGACCAGGCAGGAUCACGAAGAAAAGAUGAGGAUAGUUGGAGAAAGCUAUAAGUCUAUAAUACUAUAAGACAUGACAGAAUAUGAUUGCUAUCCUCUAGGUACAGAGCAACAAUGCUCCAGUCAGCCCAUGUGAUCUCUCAGGUUUAUUCAUUUGUUCAGGGGAACAUGAGGCUUGAUGUAUCAGGAAUAUAGAGUGUUGUUUACUUGGCUUAAGUGAGUGGGGGGGGGAGCCCCAUCAUUUAUAGCCCCACAUCCAAACACUCAGAGUAAGAAAAGAUAUCUCUACAGGGGUAUCACAAAUAUAUACAUACACUAUUAAAGCUGCACUAAGCAAUAUUUUUAUAGAAACAAAUAGCUUAACGUUUGUUUGCUUUUUCUCAUUAAAUCCACCAAGACAUCACUAUCUUUGUUCCAUUAUUUUGAUUCCAACUUUUUUGGCCCUGAAAUUUAUUUGGCACAAAGAAACGUAUUUUUAAAACGACUGCUAAUGCUACAGCCCAUUGCCCAAUGGAUCAGUGAACAAUAGACUUUAUAGAAAAUUCUGGACUCUAUAGUUUUGAAACUUCAAUUUAAGCAUUUUGGCCACUGCAUGUUGUGUUUUUGGAGCCAGAGCUUGGAUCAGAGGCUGGAGUGCUAAGUCAUGCUAGCAUGAUUAGCAAACUGCAUCGAUAAGCUAAUUAGUGCUAAGGAGCAUUAAGAACAUACCAGAAAUUCAUUAACCAAAACUCCAGCAGAUGUUCUGUAUGGCACAGCUGCCGUAUAUGUUUUCAGAAGAUUCUACUUAAAAAAGUUCAAAAAGAAAAGAAACCACAUAUAUGGUGUUUAGCUCAAUUUAGCAGAGGUGAAGCCUAGUAGCUAUACAGCUUCUAGCUAGCUGUUAGCACACCUGCUAGUCAAAAAGUCUACACCCAAGUUUUGCCUUGGGUUUAUACCCUAAUGGAAGAGUUAAUUAUAAGGCUGUAAACAUGGAUUUUAACAUCCAUGUUAACAUGAGACUUUAGGGGAAUCACUCACUUUUGGAGCCAUCGUUAAGUGACUGCUGCAGGUAGUUUUUGGAACUGCUUUUUCAGCUCUGGGGAUGUGGUCAUGUUGCCAAACAAUUUUAAUAAAAUGUGACAUUAUGUGUUUUUGAAGUAUUUGCAGAUAGUUCCAUUUGCAACAGUUGGUUUAGUUUUAAAGAAAUUAUUUUUCCAUUGAAAGCAGGAGAAGAAACUCAAGUUUUUUUUUUGUAUAAUGCAACCAACACUCUCCGACACCUCUCCAGCCUACCUUUUACCUGUUGUACUUUACAACACUUUUUUCGGGUUAGUGUAACUUUCUAGCUUCCUAACCCAAAAAGAAAAGGAUCAUAAUAUUUGUAUUAUAUUAAGAGAAUAUCUGAAUUGCGUGAAUGUGUAAUGAUCUGUGUUAUGAACACAGUCAGGCCUCCAUGUUCACCUCUGACACCUGAAUAAACCUUUGGGUAGCUCAAGUAAUUUACAAAGUCUGUCCAGCUGUUAUUUUUCUACAUUUGAUGUUAUAUUUAAGAUUUAAAAAUGUAUAAUUUUUUUUAAAUGAUAAUCUACUGUUGAAUGUUGUCCCCAUGAUGUCAAUCAUCUUCCUAGUUGACCAAAAUUUCCAAUAUGUUUACAUCAGCUUGAGAAGAAGGCAGAACUGCUGUAUGUAGAGUGCUCAUCAGCUCUCUGUGUCAACGUGUUGAAUUUCGCAUUGUUAAAAGGCAUGUCAGUGUACAGUAACUCCACAAAACGUCCUCCACAGUGGUCAGCAUUUGCUGCUAUGCUUUGCGUUUACCACUAUCAGAGAAGUUCUACCUCCAUUCUCAUUGCUUCAGUACUUCACGGGCACUUUGAUUUCUCGGCCGCGGGCUUCCGUUCUUUCCGUAGGUGACGUCUGUCGUCGAAAAGCAGGCGUUGACCUGAAAAUGCAUGGACGACUCCCAGUGUGGUGCAGCGAUGUCUCUCAUGUAUGUCUGUGUUUGAACUCACGUCUAACGCAGCUGCGCAAACCUAUGCAGAUGUCUUUGUGUUGUCUCAGCUGGUUGUAGGGGGAGGAUCAACCCAAAGAGUGAUUUUUAUAUAUAUAAAAAAAGGAAUAGGUUUGGAUGAAAUUGAUAUAUUUAUAUGACAAAAAAUGUGUACCUUUUGAAUGAAAGUCUUUUUGUAGACAGAAGAACACCUGUAUAAUGUUGUUUGUAGACUGUAUUUUAUUUUCUUCUGUUUUUGUUGUUCUGGUGUGGCAUGCAGUUGAGAUUAUAGUCCCAGUCAAGUCAAUCCCAGGAGAUCAAACAACCUAAACUUUGCAUCAUAUCUACAGUAAACCCUUAAAAACAUCACCUCACUUCAGUUUAUCUGACACGUUCUCAUACAACUUUUUGACAAGGCAUCCCAUAUAAAUGGUCCAUAAAAUAUCAGGAGUAGUUUAACUACCACUAAAUUGCUUACUAAUGCUUUAGGGAUUAGUUAUGAGCAUUGGUUGAGAUUUUAAGUUUGAUUGAGAAAUAUUAAACUGCUAAUACCAACUUCCUGUUGGUAGCUCUUUGUUUAGAUGUGACUAUGUGUCUGAGUGCAAAUAUGACAUUUAUGACAUAUUCCUUUAGAAGUCCUGUGUAAAUGAAUCAACAGGCCACUUGCUCAUAACACAGAAAUAGGUGACUUAUUUUAAAGAUCC